ACCUAUCCGUGUACACUGGGUGUGUCUACGUGCUCUCUGCUUGAUUAAGAAUACUCUGACAUAAUUUCACGAAAUACCUAGUUGGACAGAUAAUUGCCGGCGACGACUGGUCGGAAUCUUUGUAUGUCUUCACCAUAUGAAGGCACCAUAGUAAUGACAAUUUAGCGAACUAGCGGGCCUGUAUUGGGAACAAAAGUUACACCGACUAUAUUCGCUAUGACGUGCAUCAACGUCUGGAAAUGCUACAUACACUGGGCAUUCUUUGUAUGUAUCGGUCUGCAACAGCAAGUUGUGUUGGCGAACCUACCACCUUCGUUCGUGGAGAUACCUGGCUCUUCGCCAACCAAGUAUUAUGAUAUGGAUUUAGAGAGAUUUAGGGAAGAUAUACCUCUUGGCGAGAUUAUUUACACAUUAAUAGCAUAUGACCCAGAGGGCAGUUGUGUAUAUUUUGAAAUCUUGGAAGGUGAAGAAUACUUCGGUCUACCCAACACAAAUUGUACACAUGCAGAGGUCAUGUUAGUUGAACAACUUGACUAUGAGGAUGUGACUGAGAUUGAAGUAACAUGGCGUUUACGUGACUAUGACGUAAAUGGAGGAUCCGGAAAUGACGUGGAAACUGAUAUUAAAGUAUAUUUGAUCGACGUCAAUGACAACGCACCCAUCUUUGUAGGGGUACCGUACAACACGGAGCUGUAUGAGAACACAACUGUAGGAGACGUAAUAUACAGAGUAUAUGCAAGUGACGCUGAUUCUGGUUCCAAUUCACAAAUGGUCUUCUCGUUGGAAUAUGAAGAUGAAUACUUAUUUAGUAUUGGUAAUAUUGUAAACAGCAACGGACAUGCCUACUGUGAUAUUGUAUUGAAUAGCAGUAUGGACUAUGAGCUGGACAUUGGUCACGAAAUCACUGUGACAGCAAAAGACCAAGGAUCAGACCCAGAAACUCUGUCAAGCACUGCUAGGAUAAUGAUUAGCGUUAUCGAUGUCCAAGACACGCCGCCAUAUUGGCUUAAUGAGCCUUAUCGAAGCCUGGUUUAUGAUUUCACAUCAGUGGCGAUUGAAAUCGACCCAACACAAGUCAUUACAGAGAGGUCGACCACAACAGUGGUAGAAUUAAAGAUAAUCCCGGGUAUAAUUGUAACAGUUACACCAGAGCCAGAUACAAUGUCGGGGACGUACAUUGGCGGCAUGACUGCAUUAAUCGUAGUGGCUGUUGUUGGUCUAUGUAUUUUAUUGUUCUGCGUGUAUAACAUUAAACAAGACGCAAUGGAUCCAAAGCCUGUAUAUUCAACAAAAAAUCAGAUUACACCUGCUCCCAAUGAGCCCAGUCCUGAAGAAAUAAAAAACAACUAUUAUAAAACAAGUGGUGUAUCUGAGGCUAAAAUUAAAGGAUCUGCAACAGACAAGCUAGCUCAGCUGCAUGAUAUUCGUGACAAACGACUUUGUGAACUCAGAGAUUCAAGAAAUAGAAUGGAUGAUAUAUGCAGUAACAUUCCAAGAAGUCUUGUUGGUGUUAAUUUAGACCAAAUUGGCUAUCACAGAGGCGGCUACCAAAACUUCACUAAAAACAAAGAUCGUCUGAAGAGUUCUAAUAUGCCAUCUAAUGAGGCGUCAACAUCACGUUCUCCCCGAAAACCAUCUUCUGUCAUGUACAUGUUCCCUCCAGAAUGUAUCUUUUGUGGAAAGCAGGAAGUUAAAGUAUCAGGAAAAACUGAGCGGUGUAGUAAAUUCUCUGUAUUUAAGGACAAUAGUGGAACCCUCUAUGAACCAACCUGGAAACAGAUAGAGUCUAGAGCACUAGAAGUGGGGAAUAUCAGUCUCCAUCGGAUGGUGCAAGGUGAAUACUUGUUUGAACGAGAGGCAAAUUCCCACCAGUCAUGUCGCAAGUCAUUCAAUUUGCAGUAUGUUAAUCACAUGCGUGAUAAAUCCCAAUCAUCUCGCUAUGUGUACAACACAGAGCAAGGUCGCAUCGCUGAUGCUCAUCUCAAGUCUUUCAAUACUGUACUUGAUUUCAUCAAUAACUAUGUAAUUGGAAAGACAUGGGUUUGCUAA